AAAAGCAUAAAAAGAUCUUAGAUAACAAAGUUGUGUGCUCUCCGAAACCAGAAAGAUAAGACGGAAAAAAGAGAUCAAUGGAGGAAGAAUACAUAAGAGUAAUAAACAUAACAGUGAUUGGAGUAAUCACAUGGGGUAUCAUGUUCAUUCUCAUCCGACGAAUCUUCUCAAACUUCUCCUUCGACUUCAGCACUCGUCUUGUCUCGACAGUUCACGCAACAGUCGCUGUCGUUUUAGCAACACUCUCGAUUCAAGAUUGGUCUUGUCCUGUUUGUCCAAUUGCUUCAACCUCAUCUCUCCGGCAGAUGGAAACGUUGGCGUUUUCAUUGUCCUACAUGAUCUACGACCUCAUUUGUAGCCACUUUGAUCAAGUCAUAAGCAUUGAUAAUGCGGUUCAUCAUUCUGUUUGCAUUCUUGGUUUCGUAGCUGGACUUUUCUACCGACAGUGUGGAUCCGAGAUGGUGGCAGCAAUUUGGAUCACAGACAUAUCGAGUCCGUUUCUUCACCUCAGGGAGAUUCUUAAAGAGAUUGGUUAUAGAGACACCGAUCUAAAUCUUGCAGCCGAUGUGUGUUUUGCAACAAUCUUCUCGUUGGCCAGAAUGGUGGGUGGACCAUACCUCGUUUACGUAACAAUAUCAGCUGAUAAUCCCAUUCUCAUCAAGGCAAUGGCGUUGGGGUUACAACUUGUGAGCGCAUUCUGGUUCUAUAAAAUCCUCAAAAUGAUGAGAUACAAAUUAACUAAAAGAUCAAUGUCUAACAAAAAAUUUACUUAAAUAGUUUUUUUUCCAACCAUACUUAUGUUAUAUGUUCCUUUUAUAAUCUUUGUAUGAAUGGGUGGUUUUCAUUAUUUGAACCCUUUAUCAAAAAAUUAUUUCACAUAAAUAUGAGCUGAAACCCUUUUCCUGUAA